CCUUUCCCAAGAGAGGAAUAUACAGUUUCAAGCCACUCCAUGCCCAAAGGAACCAAACAAAGAGAUGAUCAACGACGGAGCGUCCUGGACAAUCAUCAGCACGGACAAGGCUGAGUACACCUUCUACGAGGGCAUGGGCCCCGUCCACUCGCCUGUCACCCCCGUGCCUGUAGUCGAGAGCUUACAGCUAAACGGGGGUGGGGAUGUGGCCAUGCUGGAGCUGACGGGACAGAACUUCACCUCAAACCUGAGGGUCUGGUUCGGAGACGUGGAGGCAGAGACCAUGUACAGGUGUGCGGAGAGCAUGCUGUGCGUGGUACCCGACAUCUCUGCCUUCCGCGAGGGCUGGCGCUGGGUACGUCAGCCGGUGCAGGUUCCCGUCACGCUGGUGCGAAACGACGGCAUCAUCUACUCCACCACRCUCACCUUCACCUACACGCCGGAGCCCGGGCCACGGCCACACUGCAACGCCGCCGGAGCCAUCCUACGGGCGGGCAGCGACCGCCUUCUAACGGCUAGCAGCAACAGCGCUAACAACAGCGACGCUAACAACAGCUACGGCCCCAACAACGCAGGAGUCACAUCCUCUUCCACGGCUGCAGCCGUGGUGUCCUAACACACACACACACACUUAUACACAUACACAAUAUGCCUCGAGAGCAAAAUGUACCACAUGGUAAAAAGACUAUGAAGUAAACUGACUCUCUAAAAGUGCUGCAUAUUGAUCUGGGAUUCAAAAGAAGCUGAAAUUGAAAAUUGAUCGGACGGAAAAAGGAGGAAUUCAAAGAUAGUUCCUWUGUUAAAAGUUGUCAACCAGCGGAAAUAAGAGAAACUGUGUGAACUCCUCGCCGCUGCCCUUUUGUGAUUCGUAAGGGACAUACCUGUCGGUUUAUGGUGUUUGAGCUGUGUAAUAGGGAGUUCCUAUUGGCUCAGCGCGCCAGUGUCUUUAACGGAGACCACAACAACUAUACAUCCACCACAUGUAUAGUACGUUAACAAAACGGUCGAUUUUCUGUUCUUUUUUCCCCCUCCCUCUGUUUAUUUUUUCCCUCUUUUUUUGUCUCGUUAGUCGUCUAUGUUACUGUAAAGGGACGAAAUGUAUCGUUGUUGGAGGGAGAGCGAGGAGUGGACAUAGUGGGACACAUAUAAAAAUGUCAUGACGAUAACAUCGUUUUUGUGGACCAAGGAUCUUGCAUAAGCUUCAGUAAAGGUACAUUUUCACCUUUUUUGUAUGAAACAUAUAGUACACUUUUGUUACCAAAUAGUUUCUAUUCUCUUCCUCCGAGCUUUGGGCUUUUUUUGUUGUUGUCCAAAUCCCGACCUGGCAUGUGUAUUAUAGCUACCUUUACUUCUUGUCUCCAUCAAAUGCCUGCUUCUUUCGGUCUUUUCGACGGAAUGUUGAAUUUUUGAUACUUUGCUAGUCUUGGGAUUUUUUUUACCUAACCGAUGGUUUGUUUGUGUUAGGGAGUAACCUCAGCGGGCCUAAUUUUUGUAUUCUCAUUGUUUUUUUUAUGAAGUCUUUAAAAAGAAAAGCUUUAAGCAACGCCUCUGCCUUGCCUGCAAUACUCUGUGUGCYACAAGCUACGUUUCCUUUGGAAAGUACAGCAUGUCUGUACAUCACACAUGGAGCCAUGGUGAAGUGAAUUCUUCCAUUUAUUUAAAAUGUUAAAAACUGGACUUCCAGUUACAAAAUAGUUUGUCAUUUUCAUACACAUUUAAUGAGUCUAGUCGUUAAAAUGAAAUGUUAGCCUUAGUACAGUAAUAUUAAUA